AUGGGAUUAAUCAAUUGUGAAAUCGAACUUAAUACUAAACAAUACACUGACGGAAUGUCAUUUCCACAAAAUCUCGAGCAAUUUUAUAUGGAUCCAAAGAAGAUUGGAAACGUAUAUGUAGUGGUAUUUAAACAUGAUUUUUUACAUCGAAAAUUGGCCCAUCAUGCCUUAAUCGUUGAUGUUGCUGGUAGCUCAACAGAUUCACAUACAUGUGGAGCAACAAUCCAUUUAACGGCAAAAGCUUCAACAAAAAUUACUGAAUUUCAUAUCCAUGAUCGAUCAUUUCGCAGAGAAGACUUUCAUGAAAUUAUUUACAUUGGACGUCUACAUCCACCACAAUACUCACCUUGGUUCUGGGCAUACGAUAUUCAGCGAGAGGGAUUACAAUUAUUUCUAGGAUUGACAAAUCAAAGAAAAAAUGUGAUCUGGUCUGCAGAAAUUAAUUGCCAAACAUAUGUGGCUUACUGA